AUAUGAUGUAUAUCGUCUCUCAUAAACCCAGAAACCCGAGUGAGAAGUGAGAAGUGAGAAGUGAGCAGCAAUCGAUGGAUGGAUUAACACCAACUAUACGGGAAUAUUAUCACAACAUGUGGAAGCUCCAUUCGGAAGCCACCUUUCUGUUUAAUACCCAGACUGAGGAUGGAAGACAAGCAUUAAUAUUAGAGUCCACUAUAUUUCACCCUCAAGGAGGAGGCCAACCAUCGGAUACUGGCUUCAUCACUAAUCUCAGUUUCCCAUCCAAAUUUGUUGUGGAAGAUGUUAGGUGCAAAGAUGGGAUUAUUUAUCAUUUUGGUCAUGUUGAGAAUUCGGAAGGAAAUUCAUUGGAGUGGAAGGUUGAGAGAGAAUCGAAGGUUGAAUUGCACGUAGAUGAAGCUCGUCGUGAUCUCAAUUCGAGGCUGCAUUCAGGAGGACAUUUGCUAGAUAUAUCCAUACGCAAUGUUGGUUUAGGGCAUUUCGAGCCUGAAAAAGCAUAUCAUUUCCCUGAUGCACCAUACGUUGAAUAUAAAGGCACCAUUCCACAAGCCGAAUGUCAAAUUAAGCUAGAAGAGUUAGAAAGGGAUGCUAAUGCUCAAAUUUCAAGAGGUGGAAAGGUUUCUGCUGCUAUAUUGCCAUAUGAACAAGCUGCUGAGAUCUGUGGUGGUCAGCUACCUGAUUAUAUUCCCAAGUCAACAUGCAAUGAAGGUGUCGGUCUGGUGCAAUGGACUGGUUGAGGCAAAGGAUUACCUAGUUCCCCUUUUUUCACUUCAGCUGCUGAUAUAAUUGAAUGGUCAGCGUAUUGCAUGGAUAAUGUGGAUGCUUGUUUUAUUGGUUAGUUUUCCUUUAUGAAAGGCUGUGACUUCAGACUCAUGAGGCUUAAAGGUUUUUUUAAUGAACUAGCUUAGGGUUCAGUUGGCCGUUUGUAUUUAGUCCUAGAUAGACUGGAAGCUCUUCUUUUAUAAGGUUCUGUCUAAGGUAGGUUCUAAGGAGAGAUAUUUCCCCAUCUCAAUGUUUCUUUGAGGACACAAAUCAUAGGAGCUCUUCUUUUAAGUAUUCAAUUAUGAGAAGCUUUAAAUUAAAUUGGUUGAAUGGCAGCUGGCUUUUCUUUGUAUACAAAGUUCACUCCUAUCAAGUCUCUAUUUUGUAGUACUCCCUUGUAUCUUGUAUUUCUCUUAAAUCCUGUAAGUGCUGACCUAGACA